UCAGAAAACACACUGUCUGAGAGCUCAGCAGUGCACAGCAGGAUCCAUCAGCCACCUUCAAUCUCAGAAACAUCUUCAGAAACAUCUUCAGAAAUGGAUGGGACCUGGGUCUACCUGGUGACAGGAGGAUGUGGCUUUAUUGGGGAGAAGAUCGUAGAGCUCCUGUCUCAACAAGACUACAUCAAAGAAGUCAGAGUUUUUGACUCAGUAGUGAAAGGAGAAGUAGAAAAUCUCACCACAGGCACCACUCGUGUGACAGUGGUGAAAGGCGACGUUCGGGACUACGGGGAGCUCGAGGCUGCCCUGCGGGGCGUGCACGUGGUGAUCCACACGGCUGCCCUGGUGGACUACAGAGGCACGGUGCCCUUCUGGGAAAUGAGAGCUGUCAACGUGGGGGGUACUGAGAACGUGCUGAGGGCCUGCCGUGUCCUGAGCGUUCCAUACGUUGUCCACACGAGCUCCGUCGCUGCGGUGGGACCCAACACCUCGUGUGAGCCCAUGCUCAGAGGGAAUGAGGACACUGAGUACAGUGGGGAAGUGGAGCUGCCUUAUGGGAAGACAAAAGCCAUGGCAGAAAAACUCGUACUUGAAGCCAAUGGAAAAAAGCUGAGCUGUGGUGGUGAACUCACCACGUGCGUCAUCCGUGCAAACACCGUGUAUGGGGAGAAGGCCACGUUUCUGCAGGAGCUCUACUGGGGGGCCAAGGCCAGGGGUGGUGUCCUGAACUACCUGGAGCCAGAGGACUCGGAGGGGAACCACACCUACGUGGGGAACGUUGCAUGGAUGCACGUCCUUGCAGCAAGGAACCUGCAGCUGAAACCAGGCUUACUGGCAGGACAAGUGUACUACUGCUAUGAUGACACUCCAACCAGGAAGGGUUUCCUGGUCAGGCACCAGCUGCUGUCCACUGCAGACCCCUCGGUGAGACUGGGCUCACACAUCCCCUACUGGAAGAUGUGGUUAAUGAUACAACUGCACAGGAUAAUCAGGGCCAUCUUGUUGCCCUUCUGGGAGCCACAGCCCUUCCUGAACCUGCCCUUGCUGAACACAAUCGUCACCACUUUCUCCUACGAGACAGACAAAGCCUCCAGGCAUUUUGGGUACAGACCCCUGUUCACCUGGGACCAGAGCAGGCUCAGAACUGCCCAGUGGCUGAAAGAAGCUGUGGGGAACCUGCAACACCCCAAGUUUCACGGGAAGAAGAACUGAACACCACUUGUGGGGGGAGGAGACCACUUGUCACGCCAAGAGGUUCCAAUCCCAGCUUCACAGCACACACAGAUCUCUGGCAGGACCUUUGCAAACACAGAAAUGCUGGGGCAGAGGCAGAGAAGGAGCAGAACUCUGAGGCUGCAAAUGCGUAUUACACUUGUCAUGCCAAAAUCUCAGCUCUUUUGUGUGCUGGGGAACACCAGGGUGCAUUUGAAAGCUUCCUCUUGCAGCCACGUGGGGCUUGCUGGCCUCAGUCCCUCCCACAGACCACCACGGCAUGGGGUCACCACUGGGAACAGGACAGACAGGCUCAGAUGAGAGAGGAUGCCCCAAAAAACACCUUUUUUGGUUAAAUUAGACAACCAGUUUUGUUCCACAGCCUAAGGAGCCAUGGCCUCAGACAACUGCCUCAUACACUAAAGGGUAUUCUUUUGUAUAAAAAGCAUACUUUUUUCUUGUAUGAAAAGUGAUACUUUUUAAGAAGGCAAGGAAAACCCAGCAAGUUCUUGCUCUGUUUUAGGCUUUAAUAAAGAGGAAAAAAAAAAAAAAUCUCUUUUCCAGAA